UCAAGAAAAACUUGUCUGACUUUGUGCGCAGCUCCUAAACACACCUAUGCCAUGUGUGCAUUAUCUCUGUCACACUCCCUGCAGCAAUAAAAAAAAGGCUGACCUGCACAGUUACUGCUACAAAGGAAGACAAAUGAGCUACUAUCAUCUGAGUUAAAGAGGAAAACCUGCUCUGACAGGCCACAACGCAGGACAUAGCAGCCAGGCCAAACGAUGGCCAACUUUGGGGGCCAUGCCAUCCCAGGCACCUUCUUCCUGUUUUAUGGCGUUUGGCUGGCGGUUAAACACACUCUGCAGCACUACUGGAAAACAAGCCAGCCGAAGGGACGGCAGGUGAUGCCACCUUUCUUCAAAAGAAUGGACUACAUUGAAGGAGGGCUCAAAAUCUUUGCCACCUUUGUUGGAAUCAUGGUGGAGCAGUUUGUAGUGGAUGGCCCGCACGCCCGCCUCUACGACCGGGACAACAAGUCAUGGGUCAAGCUGAUGAACUGGCAGCACAGCACCAUGUAUCUGUUCUUUGGGAUUUCUGGGAUGGCGCUGGUGAUUGCCACUGCCUUCAGACGGGUUCCCGCCGGCGUUGACCGCUUUGCCCUCUCCCUGGCCCUCUUUGUUGAAGGAUUUCUGUUUUACUUCCACGUGCAUGCUCGGCCACCCCUCGAUGCCCACAUCCACUCGCUGCUGCUGGUGGCCGUGUUUGGUGGAUCGGCCAGCACCAUGGCGGAGGUUUUCAUUCGAAACAACGUGGUCCUGGAGCUGCUCAAGGCCUUCCUGUUCAUACUGCAAGGCUCGUGGUUCUACCAGAUUGGAUUUGUGCUUUACCCCUUGAGCGGACCACAGUGGGAUUUGGAGCAGCAUGGCAACAUCAUGUUUGUCACAAUGUGCUUCUGCUGGCACUUGGCUGUGGACCUGCUUCUGCUCGCCAGCGUUUCCUCUGUUGUUUGGUUUGUCGUUACACGAUCCUCGGAGAGGAAACGGGACAUUGAGAUCGGGAUGCGAAACACAACCUCCAAAGCAAGUUCCCAGAAAGCUUUGCUUGAAGAGUCUGAUGAAGAAUGAGGCCACGUCUACCUUUUAUUUUCAUCACCUGUCUAUAGGAAAAAUAUGUUCUCUAUGUAAGUGAUAACCUCUGAUUUAUAUGGCAUUGUUUUAGACUUUUUUGUUAAAAAAAAGUAUUUAAAUUGUGGUUUGAGAACAUUUCAGAAAUACAAAGUGUCAUUUGAAAAGAACAAAAUAUAUUAUCAAGUUACAACAUUCAAAUAAAUCAAGUCCCACUCAAUGAACAACUGUUAAUAUGCCAUAUAAAACACACACGAAUAAAACAAUAUCCUAUUGACAGUCACAUCAAUGGUAUAUUAAAUGUUUAAUAUUUACAACGUAACAA